AUGGCCAGCCAAAAACCAGAAGAGGUACACAUCCGGCAUUGCAUGCUCUUUGAGUUUCGCAAGGGAAAUAACGCAACAGUUGCUACCAAAAAUAUUUGCGAUGUUUAUCCAAAUGCACUGGACAUUCGUAAAUGCCAAAGGUGGUUUUCCAAGUUCAAAUCGGGUAAUUUUGAUCUUUCCGACUCGUAUCGAUCAGGAAGACCAUCAGCGUUAGACAACGACGUGUUAAGGGCGGAAGUGGAAGCAAAUCCGUGUCAGACGAUCGAGGAAUUGUCAAACAGUCUCAACCAACCUUGGUCGACCAUCCAAGAACAUUUGAAGCAGAUUGGGAAAGUAAGCAGAGCAGGUGUUUGGGUCCCGCAUAAUCUGUCCGAACAGAAUAAGGCUAACCGAUCAAUCACAUGCAACUUAUUGCUUCAACGACACAACACAGAAGCGUUUUUUGAUCGCUUGAUCACAGGAGAUGAGAAAUGGGUCCUGUAUGAUAACCCAAAACGCAAAAGGCAGUGGCUCUCUCCAAAAGAAAACCCUCGAAGUACUGCUAAGCCAGACCUCUACAGAGAACAAUUGCAGCGAGUAAAUCAAUCUUUAAUUGAAAAGUGGGCAGCAAUUGUCAACCGAAAAGGCGUCAUUCUCCAACAUGACAAUGCAAGACCGCACUGCGCAAAGCGAACUCUAGAAAAAAUUAAUGAAUUGGGGUGGGAGGUGCUGCCUCAUCCACCAUAUUCGCCCGAUGUUGCACCAUCGGAUUUCCACUUAUUCCGAGGGCUGCAACACUUUUUAAGUGGCAAAACAUUUGCAAAUUUGGAUGAUAUCCAAAAUGCCAUCUCUAGAUAUUUUGCCGAAAAACCAAUUAAUUUUUAUCGAUCAGGGAUUGAAAAUUUACUCACUAGAUGGCAAAAGAAGAUGAGAACAAAUAAUAGAUUCAAGGUUGCAUUUCAUAAAGAUGUUGGAAAUGGCACAGCUAAUUAUGGGCUUGAAGAUGAGGAUUUCAUUCUAGCAAUGACUAAAAUGCAGUUUAUAAUGUUAAAGGACUUUGGGGCCGAUAGAGUUUGCAUUGAUGCUACACAUGGAACCAAUGCCUAA